GCUUGGUUGUGUUUGUUGUUAUUCUUUGGUCGCGUCGUCGCCGUUCUAUAGCUGUGUAUAUGCGCACACGGGCCGUCGCUUGCCGGUUUGUAGUGGUGCCGACCGAGCCUCAGUCAUCAUUCGCAAUAUGGCCGGCUCGGGAGCAGGAUGCUGUCGCUGCCCGUCGUCGUCUUCGUCGUCGCGUAACUUGUGUUUGUAGGAGCCUGCCUUUCCUCAGAGAAUAUUCGAUAUCCGUCAAAGGGCGAAAAGGGCCUGCUUUGUUUGUGCGAGGGUGUGUGCGGGAGUUGGAGCGGAUUGCGUUCGAUCGACCGACUGCAAAUUUUUGGGCAAUGAAAAGAGUGUCAGCGCGAGGCUUUUGUGUCGAAUUGUGAAUUAAAGUUUGAUUAGAAGUGCUUGCCGAUCGGUCAACAGUAGCUGGAGCGAGGGUCGAAACAAGAUGAAGGGAUGAAAUUUAGUGUUUUUCGCAAGUGUUAGCAGCAGUUGGAGAAGAAGCAAGAGGCAGUGUUUGUGAGUUUGUGGAGUCGCGCCGAUCGAAGUGAAGAGAAAGAGAGUGGGCGAGGCGCCGCGAAAACGGGGCGGCUGCUGUAAGGAAGGGAAAUUUGUAUGUUUUCUUGGCGAUUGCCAAGAAGUACCAGUACGGAGUAGGAAAAGGCGAAUAAAAACGAGUGUUUUCCGUGAGUGCAUAAAUUGUGAAUGAAAACGAAAAUGAUCAACAUGUCUGCGGUGAGAGGCAGAGGCGGUGGAGGAACCGAUAGCAGCAGACACGGCAGGCUGAAGCUAAUCAUAUGGGGAGCUGUGUUUUCGCUAAUGUUUACAACAGUUUACAGCAGUCAAGUGCUGGAGUUCACCGAGGAACCAUCGGACGUGACCGUCCCCGAGGGCAGUUCAGUCACGCUGCAGUGUGUGGGCCGGGCGGAACAGAAGGGUCUGCGGGAGGGCAAAAUUGCGCCCAACAUUCGGUGGCGAGGUCCCGACGGGCAGGACAUCGGGAUCGUGGGCGAUACCUUCCGGUCCCAGCUGGCCAACGGAUCGCUGUACAUCAGCUCGGUGGAGAAGAACCGUGGCCUGACGGGGCUGUACCACUGCCUGCUGACGCUGGACGGCGUUGGGACGAUCGUGAGUCGAUCGGCGCGGGUCGCCAUUGCUGACCUCCCAGAGAUCAACCAAGAUUCGCACGAAAUCUACCUGUACACUGGUCAGACGGCUUACUUCAAGUGUAUGUCCAACCCACUGCCCUUCAGCUUAGAGUCCCGAUACAACGUCGAAUGGUUCCGGGAUGAAAUCCCACUGCGAAUGGAUCUCACCCGGAUGCUUCUGCUACCAUCGGGCGCCCUUGAAAUCGAUGAAGUCAUCCCAGCCGAUCGAGGAACGUACCAGUGUAACGUCACCUCCGGAACCUUCUCGCGCCUCAGUAGUAAAUCGAACCUUAACAUCAAAUCAACCGCCGGACAACCGCAAAGCUUCGCACCACCCUCGUUCGUGAUAGUUCCGCAGCCACAAACCGUCAAAGAAGGUGACACCGUCAUUCUGGACUGUGUGGCCAACGGAAAUCCGAAGCCAACCAUCAAGUGGCUUCGCAACGGGGAAGAAGUUGACAUGAAUGAUUUGGAUUCGCGCUUCCGGAUCAUCGGAACGGGUUCGAUGCAGAUUAACUCCAUCCAAGAUACGGAUGCGGGGGAUUACCAGUGCAGGGCAAGUAAUUCGGAGGACUCGUUGGAUGCCUCGGCGACGGUGCAGGUUCAGGUGCCGCCGAAGUUCAUCCUGAGUCCGGAGGAUAAGGUUGCCUACGAGAAGGAGGAGCUGGAACUGCAGUGCAGCAUUCAUGGCAAGCCGACGCCCGUGAUUCAGUGGUUGAAGAAUGGAGACCUGAUUACUCCGAACGAGUACAUGCAGAUUGUGGCUGGCCACAAUCUCAAGAUCUUCGGCCUCAUCGGUUCCGACGCCGGCAUGUUCCAGUGCAUCGGCACGAACCCUGCCGGCAGCGUCCAGGCCGCGGCCCGUCUGGAAAUCGUCGAGCCAGGGCAAUCGAAACGACACAAGGGCAAAAAGUACCACCAGAAUCAAUCCAAGAUGAAAUCGUACGAGAAAACCAUCAUCCCUUCCUAUCCUACCGACCCCAAGCUGUCCAAGGUGGUUUUGGACAGUUUGCUCUCCAAGACCAAGGACAAAGCGAACGUGAACCAGAACAAGUUCCAAUAUGACGAAUAUACGGACGACGAUUAUCUCGAGCACGAAGAAGAACACGACGAAGACGAGGAGGAGGGCAAAAUCUACUCGCUGCGACCCAACGAAGAUCCAAACAAGCUGUACCAAUCGUUGACCGGUUCGCGGUCGGCGGAAGACGGCGGUGGCGACAUUGGCCACUUUUCUAACUCACACUUUCCCAAUGCUGUCACGCGAAAAUACCCGAAAUUCACCCUAGACGGCGGAGAGAGACUGGCGGCACCCCUUCCGGGACCCCCGCGGGACCUGCACGCGCAAAUCGUGAAGCCCCGGUUCGUCACGCUCAGCUGGCUGGAACCGGCCAAGAAUCCGGACGAGGUCAUCUCGUACUCGGUGUACUACAAGAUGCACACCAGUGAUAGGGAGCGCAAAAUCACCACCAAGUCUCGCGACGAACAGGAAGUGAACAUCCAGUCGCUGCUUCCGGGUAAAACCUACCAGUUCCGCGUUGUCGGCAACAGCAACCACGGCUCGGGGGAAUCGUCCGCGGCGUAUGAAGUCCGCACGCACUCGGAAGAAAACAUCGCCGGGCCACCGCAGAACCUCCGCGGCCUCGCCCUGACCGACAAGGAGAUCCACCUCCAGUGGGAAGCGCCCCUCGUGUCCACGGCGGAAAUCUCCAAAUACCGCGUGUACUACGCCGAAAUCGAAAACGGAGACGAAAUGUACUCGGACACCACGUCCACCGAGAUCACGAUCAACGAGCUGCGACCGUUCACCGAGUACACGCUGUACGUGGUGCCGUGGAACCAGAUGGGCAUGGGCGACCCGUCGCACGAAAUCGUCGUCAAAACGCACUCGUCCACUCCGACGGAACCGCCGUCGAAUGUGACGCUGGAGGCGACGAGUUCCACCUCGAUCACGGUCCGGUGGCAACCGCCACCGGUGGAAGAUCGCAACGGACAGAUUACCGGGUACAAGAUACGGUACAGGAAGAACAAGAAAGCGUUGCAAGUGGAGACCACUCCGGCUAACGUGCGGCACUGGGAGCUGAAGGGGCUGGAACGGCUGUCGGCGUACCAGGUGAAGAUCGCUGCCAUGACGGUAAAUGGAUCCGGGCCGUUUACCGAGUGGCACCAUAUUGAGACUUAUGAGAAUGAUUUGGACGAGUCGCAGGUUCCCGGGCAGCCGGGUUGGAUCAAGACGCGUCCUGGAGCGGACAGCAUUUCAGUCACGUGGACUCCACCGAUUCACCAGGAGAUCAAGGUGCGAAACUACAUUCUUGGCUGGGGUAAGGGCAUUCCGGAUGAGGACACUACCGACGUAGAGGAGCACAUUCGGACGUACGAGAUUCGAAAUCUGGAACCCAACACGGAGUACGUGAUAUCACUGCGUGCUAGAAAUAACAUGGGCGAUGGUCCUCCGAUCUACGAUACCGUACGAACUCGGGAAGAUUCGCCAAUUGAGGCACCAACUCCGCUGGAGGUUCCGGUAGGCUUACGAGCCAUCCCAAUGUCGGGUACCUCGAUCGUAGUGUACUGGACGGACACCACCCUUAGCAAGAGUCAACACGUGACCGACAACAGACACUACGUGGUCAAGUACUCGCAAACGUCUGCCUCCAGUAGAUUCCGGUAUUACAACACGACCGAUUUGAACUGCAUGAUCGGUGAUCUUCGACCCAGUACGCAGUACGAGUUCGCAGUUAAAGUAGUCAAAGGCCACCGUCAAUCGGCGUGGUCAAUGUCUGUGAUAAACUCAACCCAUCAGGCAUCGCCAGUUUCACCUCCGCGAGAUUUGGUCGUGUCCCACGACGAACGCAACCCGUUAACGGCGAUCCUCCAGUGGGAACCUCCACGUCACACCAACAGUCCAAUCACCGGCUACGUGGUCCUUUACACCACCGAUCCGAACCGACGCGAUCGAGACUGGAACGCCGAAGCGGUCGUCGGAGACAAGACCAGUGCGGAGAUCAAGAACCUGGAACCGCACACCAUGUACUACUACAAGGUGCAGCCGAGAAACUCCAAGGGUUACGGCCUCUUUUCGGCUAUGGUGUCCCAGACGACGGGCGCCGAGGUGGACUCCAGUGGAAACAUUACCAUGCCGCAGUCAAUCUCCCCCGAAAUGGUGUACGUGAUCGUUGGGUUCUCGCUGGUCACGGCGGUGAUCGCCAUUGUAAUCGUAGUCAUGAUUUGCCGCAAGAAACCGGAGGGAACGCCGGAGCACGCGAAGAAGAGCUACCAGAAGAACAACGCGGGGAUCAUCAAACCGCCGGAUCUUUGGAUCCACCACGACCAGAUGGAGCUGAAGAAUCUGGACAAGAGUAAUCACAGCACAACGACGCCCGGAUCGGUUGACGGGGGAGCGUCCAGCAGUGGGGCGAUGACACUGCCGCGAUCGGUCGCGGGCCAUGAGUACGAGAGUGAGACGCCGAUUGCGCACGUGACGAACUCGCUGGACAAGCGGACCUACGUUCCUGGUUAUACAGGAACCACAACCCCGCUCAGCUCCACCAUGGAACGUCCGCAGUACCCGCGGACGCAGUACAACAUGGCAUCCCGACCGCAUAUAUCGCUCGAACAGCAAACCCUGUCCCAGCAGAGCUUGCUCCAGCAGCCACCCCAGCUGCCGCCGGCCAAUCCGAUGGUCCAAACGCCGGAGAAUCCGUACACCUACGAGGGCAACUACAGUAAUCCAAACGUGACGUAUGCUCCGGGCAUGACCGUGGACGCCCCCAAACGGGGGCAGGGUCAUCCCUUGAAGAGCUUCAGCGUACCUGCGCCACCAGCCUCCACCCCCAUCAUCACCAACCAGGGAAAGCACGUGCAAACCCCCUCCGUCACGAUACGCCCCCAGAAUUCGUCCCCGUACAAGAAACCGCCGCUGUCGACGACCGGCUCGCUCACGAACCGACUCCAGACGGGGCCCGCCGUGCAGCACUCGACGGACGAGAUCCAGCGGUUAGCACCGUCCACCUCGACCGAGGAACUCAACCAGGAGAUGGCCAACCUCGAGGGUCUGAUGAAAGAUCUGAGUGCAAUCACGGCCAACGAGUUUGAGUGCUAGUAGAGAGAGUAAGAGCGCGAUUGAUGAGGAAUACGAUGCGAGUGAAUCAUGAGCCGUUGCCGGUGGAUCCGGAUUUUUGUUUUGGAUCCUAAAGUGACGAAGUAUUUAGUCAUUAUUAGGUUAGGGCGUGUCGUUGGUACUUGCGACGAGUCGCUAAGCUGCGUUUGGUUUUAUUGUGGGCUUCUACAAUCGAUUUGCCGUUGUCUCAAAAUGAUAUUGAUGCAAAACUUAAACCAGUAUUCUCAAGCCCCGGUGGUUGGCCACAUUUUCGUUUGACACUUUUUUAGCUUGUACCCCGUUGGUUGGUCAAAGUAAAACUAAAAAGUGACGGACUGUCACUUUUUACACGGCGCUCACGCACACUAUCAAAACAAACGUUUGGUAGUGUGUGUGAAAUCUAUAUAAAAAGGGUGUCAUUUAAAAAGUGACCCCGUUCGUUUGACAACAGUUGGUGUCAAACAAUCGAGCUAUGAGUGUAUGAAAAAAAGAGGUGAAAUUGGGUACUAAAGCCCUAUGUCAAUUUUUAUUUACAACGGUAAAAAACACGAUUAAAAAUCAUUUCUGAUCACUUUUUUUCAUUUUAAUGCAAAAUUUUUUUUUGACAAGACAACAUUUUUUCGAUGGAUCAACUAUGGUCCCCUUGGAACAAGCUGUCAAGUAGGAGCUUUUCUGUCAAGAAGGACCGCGAGGUUAAUUUUCGAAAUUGAUUUAAAAAUCCAUUUUAAACUCUUUGUGGUCGUACAAAGGGUCAUUUUACUCAGAAAAAUAAGCUUUAUCGCUGUAAACAAUAAUAUCAGCAAUCUAAGCUUCAUUUUAGGACCCAAUUGAACCCAUUUCUCCAUGGCAGCUGACCGAGUUCGAGCGAAAGCGUCAAGUCGUGCGAAACGCAUUAGUGCUAAUCUUAUUUAUUUGCUGUUUCUACUAAAACGCGAACGCGAAUGGCGAAGGGAUGUCCUUCGGUCAGAGAAGUAGUGACAACACCCCCGACAGACGACAUUCGCGUAAUUAUUCUGUAAAUAGAUAAAAACAACCCCCUCUAGUGAGUAAGGCUUUCCACACGCUAAACAAGACACACAAGAUGAUAUUGAGAGUCGCGCAUCACAGUGGAAUGCAAAACAAGUAAGAGCGACUGAGCCAUUUCCUUGACUUUGUUUUAUUUGAUUUUAUGCAAAUUGAUACUAUUUUAAAUAUAUAUUUUAAAAGCGUCAGAUAGGUAGCAUUUCAUUCCCAGUGAUUUUUACUUUUAAUGCGUAGGCGUUAGUACGUGUAUAAUUUUAAAAACAAGAAUCGAAAAAAAUGUGCAUUUAUUUUCAGAGCCGUACGGUUAAUCGUGCGUUUCUCUAGCAAACAAGUGAGAAACGAAUAACUCAACAACUACAAAACUAGCACCCAGGGAUCAAAACAGUUGCAAAACUCGAUAGGUGAAUAAAAAUAGCUUACAGUUUCAGGUAUUUGUUAAAAUUUGGGCGGAGAGAACUUUUAUUUUUAGUUUGUUUUAAUCAAUUUGAAAAGCUCAAACUUUUGUAAUUUUUAACCAAGCGUUCAUUAAUUUUGUCGCUUAUAAUUUUAUAAGCGAAAUAUUUUCGCUUUAAAUGCAUUUUUUCUGAUUUCAAGUUGAUUUUAAAAUUCACCGUUUGAGAUUCAACAUAUCUACUGCCAUAUUGAAACUUAAAAUUCAUAUCCACUUUAAAUUUGACAAAUACCUGAAAACCAUCCAUCCACUUCAACUGCCAUAAAAAUCCAUAAUUCCGUUAAAUCCAUACUCUCAUUAGUGUAACCCCUUUCUUCUCACACUUUUGUAGUUCACGCAGAUGUAGUCUUAUCAGCUCAUAAUGACUUUCCCACACUCAAAUUAUCACACUUACGCAUCGCUGUAAAAUGUAAAUCGUCAUCUACAAAUAAAAAUAUUUUCCAACAUCAUCGAGUAUACAAAACAAGUGUAAAUGUAACAUACGUCACACAUACUCACGUGAGAUUUUUCGUCGUCUCAAAGCGUUCUUUUUUAACUGCCCUCAGUGUACAAAAUUAUAAACAUCCGAGAUUUUACACAACAUCACAAUUUUCACUCAUCUAAUUAUCGCCAAAUUUGAUUUUUACUCCGCUUGUACACAGAAACACACAAAAUCACACAAAAACUCUCGACGUCGUGCGAAGGAUACGAGCAAAUUCCAAAACUUUUUAUACGUAUUAUACACAAAAUAGUCACAGUCGUGCUAGGAAGAGAAAGUGCAGAUGAUUUUUAACCAAAUAUAUGCCAGAUUUGAAAAGAGAUAGGUGAAAAAUAUGUAUAAGAAAAUCAAAAAAAAAAAAAAAAAGGAAAAGCAAACGAAAAUGCCUAACUAGUGGACUAGCGAAAUAUUUAUAUUUGAAGCGUCAAAUCAAACUCUAACGUCUCUCUUUCUCUUAAAAAAAAACAUACAACAAAUUGAAACAUUGGUUUCCUUUCUACAAAA